AAUUGAAGCAAAAUACUUUUCAACUCAAAAUGAAGCGAAACUUCAGGUACUGAAGCAGAAAAGAAGCAAACCAUAAAAAAUAUUUCUUGUGAAAAACUUUAUCAAAAAGUUUUAAACUAGUUUCAGAACUCAAAAUGAACCGAGACAACUCUAUUGCAAAUCUAGAAAUAUUUCUAGAUCAAGCUGUAAAUAAUACAAAUAACGAUGAUGAGCUUGAUAUCUCAGCUUUAGAUGCGUUUUGUCAUGUCUUGAAAAAAGAACCUGAUCUCAGUGCAACGGCAGCUCGCUUAUUAGCUGGAAAAAUCCAAUCACAAAAUAUUAAAGAAUCGCUUUUAGCGCUUGACGCCCUUGAAGAAUGUAUGGAUUCACUCGGUCCCAACUUCCAAACUGAAGUGAACAAAUUUAAAUUCCUUAAUGAGUUGCUUCGAUUAGUUAGCAAGAAAUACCUUGGUGACACAACACCAAAAGAAAUUCAAGAUCGUAUUCUUGACAUUCUUUUCACAUGGACUGAUAAGUAUCCAGAACUGGUUAAAAUAACAGAAGCUUACAAAAUGUUGAGAACACAAGGAGUGAUUCAUGAACCACAAAAGAAUGUGAUAAAGUCCAACAGCAAAAAGUCAACCGAUACAACAUUGAAAUUAAUGGAAUCAGAAAAAUUCAAACGUUUAUUGCAAAGUAAAAAUCAAAAAGACAUUGAAGCUGCCAACUUAAUGAUUCAAAACAUGGUUCGUGAUAACGACAGGAAGAGUCAAAUGCAAAAUCGUCGUCUUAUGGAUCUUCAGAGUGCGAAUGAAAACUCAAUUUUAUUAAAAGAAAUGCUUGAUGAGUUUGACUUGUCUGAAGCAUCGGAUGAUAUGUUAAGGACAUUAGAAGAUAUCUUCAACAAUUGCGUGAAGUUAAAGCCAACAGUUAUGAGACUUGCAGAAGAAUCGCAUGACUCUGAGACAUUUACAAAUAAAAUUUCCGACACUUCUGGUAUGAUGACCAAAGUUAUUGAACUUUAUAUUGAAAGAGUUGUGAAUAAAACUCCGGUUGCUAAGAAACCUCAAGUAACUGCUAAAACUAAUAAUUUACUUGAUGUGUCGACAUCUGAAACUAAGAAAUCUGAUGAAAAUGGAACGCUUAACGAGUUGAACGACAUUUUCUCAUCAACUGCAACUUCAUUUCCACCAAAAGUCUCUCAACAAAUUGAGACAUCACUUCUAACACCACAAGUCAUUCCUAAUUCUUCCUAUUCCAAUAAUGAUAUCAUAGCGAUGAUUAACAAACAUAAAACAACAUCACCUGAUGAUCUCUUGGGGAAUUUCGAUAUGCCUUCGCCACAAACUCCCACAAAGCCUUUGCAAAAGUCAUUGAAUGACAAAUCAAAAGGUUCAUUAUGUGAAAUCGAGUCAAUUGUUUCUGGGAUGAAAACAAAAUUAUUACAAACAUCAGAAAGUGUUGAAACGUUUCCAAAAUCUACAAGCGAUUCAGAUGACGAUGUUAAUAAUUUAAUUCAUGAAGAAAUCAAGCCAGAAAAAGUUGAAGUUAAACAAGAACAACCCGAACAAGAAAUUAAAAUUGCUUUGAGAGAUAUAAAUUUGGACAUUAACAACAUUGAACCAAGUGAGAGUGAGCCUCGCACUAUUUGCGAUGAAAAGAAAGGCCUCAAAAUUCUUGUGAACUUUACAAAAGAUCGUCCAGCCAAGGAUGUCAUGGUACUCGUCAUUACUGUUAUCAAUCAAGGUCCAAAUGCAAUCAGCAACUUUCAAUUCGAUGCGAGUGUUUCUAAGCCAUGUAAGUUGCGAAUUUUAAAAGCGUCUGAUGAUAAAUUGCCAGGAGUCAAACCAUUUAAGCCACCAACUGAAACAAUCAAUCAAAUCAUUCUACUCAUGAAUCCAACACAUCAACCCGUUAACAUGAUUGCAAUCUUAACUUACAAUAUUCAAGACGAUGACGACCCUGUUAAGGAGUCUUUUGAAAUCAAAGACAUUCCAUUCAAUUGUUAAUUAAGCAAAAAACUUUUUUCUUAUGAGAUUCGUGAGUUAUAAUCAAAACAAAAAAUUAAUGAAAGUCUUGAUAGUCUUCAAAAUCUACCCUGAAACAACUUAAAUAAAUUUAUUCUUAUAUGAUUCAUUUCUGAAUGGAAUUAUAAAAUAAAAGUAAAUAAAUUGAUCGUCAAAAGUUAAUUUAUAUUUUAUCUUUAAUUUUAUACAAAGUUUGACUUCAAACUUUACCCCCUUGUAGCUCAACGCCUACACAUUGAAUAUAAAUGUUGAUGCCCUGAAAAUUUCACAAUAAAAAACCAAC